CCGCAUGGAUAGAGCGAGGGGAACGCCUCCAGGAAAAGAAAUUAAAUGCACACACACAGAGGCACCCAGGGACGGCCGAUUUGAAAAUAUUCCCGAGAAAGCAAUUUGCGCUCAUGCGGCACAGCGUCGUAUGAAAGGGGCCGCCCGAAGAGCUGCCCGGCACAGGUUUAUUUUGUUGUAGUGUUUUCUUCCACCCCCCAGCUCUCUACCCAGUGGAAUGAUACCCAGAGCAAGUUUUUUGAGACAGGAAGUGAGGAAUGUUUUCACUAUGAGUGAUCUGAGAAGAAGGUGGGUUAGCCGAGAUAGCAGCUGUUUCGGACAAGAGGAGCACAGAAAGUCAGAUCCCGAGGAAUACAGAUGAGAUGGCUCCGGCAGAGCAAGUCUGGGAGCGCUGGGGUUUUUUUUCGGCURCACGUAUGUGAGAGGAGACCGGUGUGUUUGGAUCGCGGUGCAAGGACUCCAGUGGAUGUCUCUUCUUGUGUCUUGGUGGAAAACUUGCUUGGCUUUAAUGGAUACUGCUGCUGCUGGUUGAUCUCUGGAGACUUUACAGCUCCUUACCUUCUGAGAGGAGAUAACUUAUUGUCCCCUCUCAAGGUCUCAGUGCUGGUAGCUCUUCAUCACUGACCAUCUCUGGGGAAAAAAGAAGAUGCCUCUACCUUUUGGGUUAAAAUUGAAACGAACUCGACGUUACACAGUAUCCAGCAAGAGCUGCUUGGUGGCUCGCAUCCAGCUGCUCAACAAUGAAUUUGUGGAGUUCACGCUGUCGGUGGAAAGCACGGGCCAGGAAAGUCUGGAAGCAGUGGCUCAGAGGCUUGAAUUGCGGGAGAUUACAUAUUUCAGUCUCUGGUAUUAUAAUAAGCAGAAUCAGCGCAGAUGGGUAGAUUUGGACAAGCCUCUGAAAAAGCAGCUGGACAAAUAUGCCUUGGAGCCAACUGUGUAUUUUGGAGUAGUGUUCUAUGUGCCUACUGUUUCUCAGCUUCAGCAGGAGAUUACCAGGUAUCAGUAUUACUUGCAAUUAAAGAAAGAUAUCUUGGAGGGCAACAUUCCUUGCACACUGGAACAAGCAAUACAUCUGGCUGGUCUGGCAGUUCAAGCGGAUUUUGGAGACUAUGAUCAGUAUGAAUCUCAGGAGUUUCUACAAAGAUUUGCUUUGUUUCCAGUGGGUUGGCUACAAGAAGAAAAAAUAUUGGAAGAAGCAACACAGAAAGUUGCCUUGCUACAUCAGAAGUACAGAGGCCUUACUCCACCUGAUGCGGAAAUGUUAUAUAUGCAGGAAGUGGAAAGAAUGGAGGGCUAUGGGGAAGAGACCUAUCCUGCAAAGGACAGCCAAGGAAGUGACAUAUUCAUUGGAGCAUGUCUUGAUGGUAUCUUUGUGAAACACAAAAAUGGUCGUCCUCCUGUUGUAUUUAGGUGGCAUGAUAUUGCCAACAUGUCCCACAAUAAAUCCUUUUUUGCAUUAGAGUUGGCAAACAAAGAGGAGACAAUUCAGUUCCAAACUGAAGAUAUGGAAACAGCAAAAUAUGUGUGGAGGAUGUGUGUGGCUAGACACAAAUUUUACAGACUAAAUAAAUGCAGCCUAGACUCCUUGGACUCUCCACCUGAGGAGGGCUCUCAGAAAUCUUCCCUCAUUCUUUCUCUUCCACGCUUUCCAAUCCUAUCUCGUCCUUCACUUCCCAAAGGACAAACCCAGCCCGUUACAGUGAAUCCUGUUAGAAGACGGUCUUCAUCCAGGAUGUCCAUGCCCAAGCCUCAGCCUUAUAUGAUGCCUCCACCACCUCAGCUGCAUUACAAUGGUCAUUAUACUGAACCAUAUGCAUCUUCCCAAGAUAACCUCUUUGUGAGCAGUCAGAAUGGAUACUACUGUCACUCUCAGACUAGCUUGGACAGAGCCCCUCACGACUACAGCGGUCGGAUCCGCAAUGGGAGUGUCUAUAGUGCACACAGCACAAACUCCUUGAACAACCCCCAGCAUUACCUGCAGCCAUCCCCCAUGUCCUCCAACCCAAGCAUCACUGGGAGUGAUGUGCUCAGAACUGAUUAUGUGCCAUCACACAGGCACAGUGCACUCAUACCACCAUCUUAUCGUCCCACGCCGGACUAUGAGACUGUGAUGAGACAGCUCAACAGGGGAAUGGUGCACACGGAUAGGCAGAGUCACUCGAUGAGAAAUCUUAACAUCAGCAACUCCUAUGCUUACAGCAGGCCUGAUGCCUUAGUCUACAGUCAGCCUGAAAUUCGAGAACAUGCUCACUUUGCUGCCCCACAGUCUAACCAUUAUCCCUUUAACCUCAACUACAGCUUCCAUAGCCAAUCCCCCUAUCCCUACCCUGCUGAGAAGCGCCCAGUUGUCGGGGCAGUCAGUGUGCCAGAGUUGACAAAUGUGCAGCUCCAGGCCCAGGAUUAUCCAGCACCAAAUAUAAUGAAGACUCAAGUCUAUCGACCACCUCCUCCCUACCCGUACCCAAGGCCUGCAAACAGUACUCCAGACCUUUCUCGACACAUCUACAUCAGCAGCAGCAAUCCAGAUCUCAUCACAAGGAGAGUGCACCAUUCUGUCCAGACAUUUCAGGAAGACAGCCUGCCUGUGGCACAUUCUCUUCAGGAGGUCAGUGAACCUCUGACGUCGGCACGCCACGCUCAGCUGCAGAAAAGGAACAGUAUUGAAAUAGCAGGCUUGACUCCCAGCUUUGAAGGAAUAAGAAUUAAAGAGAGGACCAUGUCAGCUUCUGCAGCAGAUGUGGCUCUUCCAAGAGUUAUCUCYGAAGGGUCACAGCCCAACAUUCUGAUGGAGAGAGCGAAGCAAAAGGAAGGUGAGCAAGAAGAAUGUGUGAACUGUGAUCACAAGAAAACCCUUUCAGAUGCCACUAUGCUGAUUCACAGUAGUGAGGAAGAAGAAGAAUUUGAAGAAGAAAACAAGGCCAGUACAAGUCUUUCUCCUCUCCCUGAAGAUCAAACUCAACUUUCAUCUGUUAUGGGAGGUUAUUCUCAUGAUUCAGUACUAAACUACCCUUACAGUUCUGUUGCUUCCUCUGCUGGCCCUUUGCAUAUUCUUGAGCCUAAAUUACAUAUUACAGAGGCAGAAAAGAGAAUGAAAGAUUUGAGCCCUGUUCAUUUGCUAGUAGAAAGUCAGGUACAGAGAAGAGGGGAAGGACUCCUCACUCCAUCUAUGUCGGAAUCUGAUCUUACAACAUCAGGGAGAUACAGAGUAAGGAAAGAUUCAGUAAAGAAGAGACCUGUGUCUGAUCUUUUGUCUGGGAAGAAGAAUAUUGUGGAAGGCCUUCCCCCUCUAGGUGGUAUGAAAAAGAAUAAAAAUGAUGCCAAAAAAAUGGGGCCUCUGAAGCUAGCUGCACUGAAUGGACUGGCAUUGACGAGAAUGCCUCUGCCAGAUGAGGGGAAGGAAGAAUCAACAAGAGCAACAAACGAUGAACGAUGUAAAGUUCUGGAGCAGCGUUUGGAGCAGGGGAUGGUGUUCACUGAAUACGAGCGCAUUCAGAAGAAAAGGCUGAGAGAUGGGGAGUGCUCCAUAGCUCGGCUGCCCGAAAAUGCCGAGAGAAACCGCUUCCAGGACGUCCUUCCUUACGAUGAUACCAGAGUAGAGCUGGUCCCAACCAAAGAAAAUAACACGGGUUACAUCAAUGCAUCUCAUAUCAAGAUCUCUGUUGGUGGCAUAGACUGGGAUUACAUUGCCACGCAAGGCCCUUUGCAGAAUACAUGUCAGGAUUUCUGGCAGAUGAUCUGGGAACAAGGGAUUGCGAUCAUAGCCAUGGUGACGGCAGAGGAAGAAAGUGGGAGAGAAAAAAGCUUCAGAUACUGGCCACGUCUUGGUUCGAGACACAACACUGUGACCUAUGGAAGAUUUAAGAUUACCACGCGAUUCCGUACCGACUCAGGCUGCUAUGCAACUACAGGUUUGAAGAUCAAACAUCUUCUCACAGGACAGGAGAGAACGGUUUGGCAUUUGCAGUACACUGACUGGCCAGAGCAUGGCUGUCCAGAAGAUUUAAAGGGAUUUUUAUCAUACUUGGAAGAGAUCCAGUCGGUGCGGCGCCACACCAACAGCACAGCAGAGCCUAAAAGCUCGAAUCCCCCCGUGCUGGUGCACUGCAGUGCAGGUGUGGGGCGGACAGGAGUGGUCAUACUGUCYGAGAUCAUGAUUGCCUGCUUGGAGCACAAUGAGAUGCUGGACAUCCCACGAGUGCUCGAUAUGUUGAGGCAGCAGAGGAUGAUGAUGGUGCAGACUCUUUCACAGUACACUUUUGUUUAUGGAGUUCUCAUUCAGUUUCUCAAAAGUUCUAGACUUAUCUAAUCCCUGCCACUUCCUAAGGGACACUGCAAGAGUUUACAGCAAGAAAAUCACAGUUGUCCAGCCAGAGCUGCUCUCUCACUGGUGUUUUCUUCAUGUGAUGAAUCACAGUUACCCUUUAGGGCUGCCAUGUGACUGUUCAAUGCCACUCAGCAUAACAGUCCCUGCAAAGCAGGAUCUUCACUGGACUGAAUUCUUCCCAUGUUCAGCCACAGUCAUCACAUUAAGGAAUGAUUUUGCUUGUACUGGUCUGUAGUACUUGCACACGUUCUUUAGAGUGAUGUUACUCUGAGCAAAAUAAGUAUCUUGUGGAAUGGAGGUAUACAGCACAAUUUUGUUAACAUUUUGUUUUGAAACAGAGUUGUUGACUGUGCAAAAGCUAAAAUCUGUAGGUGCACAUGGGSUGAGAAACCUGCCCCUUGUGAAUGUCAAGGUCUUACGCAGUUUCAUUCUGCUUUCAAUUUUAUAUUUAGAACAAUACAUCUAUAUUUUUUAAAAUGAACUUUUGGUAUCCUCUGGUUUAUUUAGCAAAAUUAGCAGCUCUUAGAUAUUUUAAGCUGUUGCUGUAAGGACAGUUAUUUUUAUAUUCAGGAUUUUUAAAUUAAAAAAACAAACAAACCRGAACACCAUGACAGAAAAAUUUUUAAGCAGAGCAAUAUUUUUGGAGGAGAAGACAGACCAUGUUUGAACCAACUUUUCAAAAAUCAUGCAGAAAGUCCUAGGGAAGCUCUUGGUAGUUAGUUGUAGUGCCGUGUAAUAGCACAGACAAGUGAAAGMUAAUGGUAACUUGAUAACUUUCAGUGGAGAGGUGGCAUGUUUACCUGCAACAGGCAGGGGAAAAAUAUUGUAAUUAUCUACAGGUUAUUGGAAACAAAUGGAUGAGAGAAAGUACAUAUUCAGUAUUAUUCAUAUGUUUAGAGGACAGUUUGAUUUUACUGGCUGAAAUCAAAGUGGAUGCAAAUGUUUUAAGCACUUUUUUUUCUGCUCUGUUAUUUAUGUAGUUAAAUAUAGAGACUAUAAUCAUGCAUUGUUUCAUUUGGUAAUAUACUAUUACUAACCUGCUGUUUUAGGAAGAGCUUUUUAAGUUGAUGUAGUGAGAGAACCAAAAUGGGAGUAGGAAGGUGCAGARGGGUGAAGUGGAAAUGAUUGUAUGAAGUGUAAUGGAGGGGGUGUGGCAGCUAUGAUUGCUGGUUUACACUGUGCAAAGAUGACCAUAAAAAAAAAUUAAUGUUCUCAGCCAAGAAAGCCAUUAAAGUGCUGGAAGUUUCUGUAGAACCCUCCAGAUUAUUUUGUUAGUGCUGUGCAGCAUUGCAGUGAAGAACAUUUGAGAGCACUUGCAGAAGAAGAGCCCUUAGAGGAAACGCUGGAGAUGUGGGUGAUUUAGCAGCUCUGUAGGUGGCUGAGUCAGUGGCAUGGACCUGAAGGAGGCAGGUACAGCCCUCACAGUUUCCCUUUUGUCCCAUGGUCAAAUGAUGAUAUCCCUAAAUAAUCCUCUGUGGUUUUCAGAUGGGGACAGUGUGGUUUUAGCUGCCUUUCCAAGUGUUUUGGGAUGCUGAAAAUUGAUGUUCUGAAUUGAGCUAUAGUUCUUAGAUAUCUGGUUCAAUUAAAAAAAAAAAAAUCCUGUAGCAGACCUGUCUGCAGGAAUGGUUAGGUGUUCAUUUCCCUUGAUACCUGCUUAGCAAAAUAAAAUGAAACUAAAAGUCAGAUUUAUUAGUGCUAACAUUGYUAUUUUUCUGAGCUCUAACAAGGGUUUGGAAACUAUGGAAACCCCUUCAAAACAAUAAUUCUGUCCCAAAACAUUARGAUUAACAAAUAGGUUGCCUCAGUUUCCUCUGUAAUAAGCUACUUCCACAAAGUUAAACACAUGGUCCAAAAGACAUUGUGCUAAUAUGUCAUUUUAUACACAAUAUAUUACUUUAAGGUACAUGGUUUUGAUAUGGUGCUUUCAGGUCUGCUUGGAAGGAGUCUGAUUUGUUUUACUCACAUUACAAGUUAGAUUGAACAUUUCAGACAAUGGAAAAUAAAUGUUGUUCUUAUAUAAAAUGCCUAGGAAUUAUUAAUUGCCAAAUAUAAAACUGGAAUUCCAGAGGAAACCAGUUGCUGAAGACUGAUUCUUUAUAUAUAAAUCUUGCAAACAAACCAAUCUGACAUGUUUGUGUUGACAGAAGUAUUGAAAGAAACAAACAUACUUAGCUAUUUGUGUCAUAGUGUGUUUUAAAAACAUAAUUAAUUUUUGCCACAGUGCACUUCUAUCUGCAGAAACCUUUUUGAAAGGGAGGGCAGGCUUUAAAAUGUAGCUUGUACCUUAUCMAUUUCUAAACUUUGCACUGUGAUCUUCAUAAACUGAUAGAUGCAGUUUUAAAGACAUGAUGGACAACCAAAACUUCAAGCAACARUUUUCAGCUGUUCAGCAGUUUCUGGGACAUCAGCGGCGAGGCAUUAAAAGGAGCAAUUAUAACAAGCAAUUUAAUCCAGUACUUAUGGGAUUAUCUGAGGUGGGUAAGGAAAUGUGUGUCUUUUAGCUUAUUUUUUUGKUUUGCUAAAAGAAGUUUUGUUCACUUUUAGAGGUGGCUGUGCUCAAAUUUGGUAGUCAGUCUUGAUUUUUUUUUUUUAUUUUUAGUGUAACAGUGCUACCUCCUCCCCUUCAGCUCCCAGUUCUGUCCAUCAGCAGUCUGUUUUUGCAUUAAUAGACUUGACCUUAAUAGUCUUGACUUUAUGUGACUUUCUACUGAAGAUUGUAGGAUUGCUUUAGUAUGUAAGCAUAUGGCUCUGAGUGAGCAUUGAAAACGAGCAGUUUCUCUUCUAAAGAUACCAAAYGAAAUUAAACUUCACAACCUUCUGUAACAAAAUUAUUUUGUAAACCAUUGUUUAGAUUUUCAGUUAACUUAUAAAAGACAGUUCAGGUUUUAGCACUUUUGUUCUGAGCCUUGAAAAGGGAUGCAUUUUUACAUGUAGUUGUGCUGGGUGCUUCAUGAAGUGAUGGAUGUUAUAAGAAUAUCCACUGUCCAAAUCUAGUCACAGUGUGAGUCGGAGGUGGAUUUAUUUGUCAAAAACUUAAAAUUUCACUAAAAGCCUGUCGAUUUUGCCAAAUGURCUUCUGUUUUUAUGGGGAUUAAACCAGAUGAUUAUGCAAGAUUUGAACAGUUUGUUUAGUAAGAAAAGUUGUGUGAAGGGUUCUUGCAGCAAAUGGCAAAGAUGAUGCUGAUUUCUAGGGAUGUCAGAGCUCUCAGGGACAAAUAAAGGUGCUAUAUACUGUCAGGAGACAGAUUUGGUGGUCUUUUGUUGAAUAGGUAGGAGAUGCUUUCUAGGAUCACAUUAUAUGAAGMGUCAGGGAAAGAACCUGCAGACUGUAGUAAGGACUUCUGCAUUUUUUAUUUCUUUCUUGGUUGCCCUGAUGAGAGAUAUUUUUGGCCAGUGAAUCUUUGUAGUCUUGGGCUAAAACCUCUUCUCCAAGAAGCUGAGUCUGAGCCUGUCCAUUACAAAGAUGCCCCUGCCUUAGCUGGGUUAGCUUUAGGCUGCAGAUCCCUCCUGGCCCUGUGGGGUGAGGGAGAAGCUCUGCAGCCUGCCCAACAGUGCUUUCCUUUUCUGCUGUCCCCCAGGAAGAGCAGGAAAAGUUCUAUGCCUUAUUAUUUCUCUCAUUGCAAUACCUUUCACACAAGUGAACAAUAAACACUACAGGUGCAGGGUGCUAUGGUUUAUAUGUAGAAAUACAUUCAAUUCAAAGCAUGUGACCAAGGCAGUGUUCCUGUAUUUCUGUGGAUGAAAAGCGGCUCUAAAUUAUCAACAUUAGAAAAAAAAAUAAAAUACAGUAAUAACAAAUAAAAGUAAAAUAAAUUUUUACUAAAAUGGAAAAGAUUAUUGACAUUUUGAGAAAUUUACUUUUGGCUCCUCUUGUAGUCUUGUGUAUCUCUGUUUGAAGUGAGCAAUACUUGGAGCCAUUUUCUCCAAAAUGGCUUCUUUAAAUUUAGGAAGUAAGGCUACCUGAGSGUGCUGCUGCGUAUUUUGUGUUGGAGCAGCUGUUGAAGUUGAGUGGCUCAUAGAUUUCAAUGGCUUCUGGACCAAACUUGGGAACUGCAGGGUUGUUUAUCAUGGCUGUGUAAUGAGACCUCAGUUUUAACAUCAAUAGCAUUACUAAAUGCCUGGACUUAAAAAUAAUGAACCCAUUACUGUGUUUCAAUAGUUCAAAUUACCAAUUUUAAAGAAUCAAUGCUUCAGUUGCUGGAAACUCAGUGCUUUAGAGUUUAGGGUUGGGKUUUUUUCCAAUACUGAUAAGCUGUGCAAAGCCAGAGUCCAGUCCUGCAAGUUGCAAAAUUCCUGCAGUUCUUCAUGAUCCUGUAGGAAUUAAAAUGGGCUUAAUGCCGAUGAAAGCUUGAGCCCUUGAAGCACAAAUACUCAUGUCUGCUUUAAAUUUAAACACAGAUUACAAGAAUUAGCUGAAAGAAUGCAGCAGGAAUGUGCAUACAGGAAGGUACAGCAUUCAAAGAAGUAGCUGAGAUUUCACAGGAAAUUUGCUUGCGCAAGUACAAAAUUUUGGACAUAGAGAGUGAGGAUUUGAGGAGUGGCAGAAGGCAUUUGGAGGAGAAUUUKGAAUGAUUUGUAUCCACAGUAGAGCUGCUAGAAGGGUUUGAGUCAUAUGGUAUGUUUUUCAUGGCRUGGUAGGGUAAGUGAAUAUAUAGUCAUAGGUGUUAUUUUUACUGGCUUUUUAAAAUGUGAUUUUUUUAAACUCCAAAUAUUUUUUUUCAGAGGCUCUGUUAUUUUUACAUAUCUUGCUUUCCMAAUGUAUGGAAUGCAAUCUGUCAGCUCAAUUUCUGUUUACUUAUUAAAGGUCAGAUUUUUCAAACYGCAAUCUCUGGUUUUACAAAUAAAAAAUGCAGGAGGAAUAGGCAUACUUGCAAUUUUGUGGUGAUAAUUUCUAAUGGAUACAGGUGAGAYGAUUCAAAAGUCUAACCAUGUUUUAAAUGAAGCCAGGUGUUUACAGUUGGUAUGAGUUGCACCAAAUUAAGGCUGGGAUAACAAUGAGACUCUUGGAAUGUGGAAUUUACCAUGUACUUAAAAAUUCUGUUGCAGUGUGGCAUUUGCAAUACACUGACAUUAAAGCAGUGUAAUACUGUACUAAGGUAAGGGAAAAGAAAUCUGAAACUCUUAACUGCUGUUGCAAACAUAUCUGUAAAAAGAAAAGUUAAAUUCUUAAUAAGAUCUUGCUGGGGACCAGCUAACUUGGUGCACUCUGUUGGUAUCACAUGCUAUUUUAAGGUCUGACUGGGCUGAGAAAAAAAGGAUUUGCUAACUUCAAGGAGCAUUUCAAAAAACUGUUGCUAAAUAGCCUUUGGUUCUAUUCUUUGCURUUUCCCACAUGAUGCUGUGUUCAGUGGGAAAGAAGAACCUCCAAUGUUCUUGUUUUGUAAAAGUCUGUUCUUCAGCUCUACUUAGGGAAUGAAGAUAGAAAUCAAAUGUAAAGAAUCUAAUGAACAGAGUUUACAGCAGAUCCAGCCUGUGGCAAGUCAAAGAGCAAACCUGUAGAUGCUCUAAUGUUUCUUCAGAUAUGCAGCAAUCCAACUACCAAAUUAUUGAUUUCAUUAGCACAGUUUCAGAAGGUGCCUAACUUUUAUAAAGGGAAUUUAAAUGCUGUUUUUCCAUUUGGAAAUAUUUAGGUAAAAUUAGGAGACUUUUAAUAUACUUUAAAGAAGUCGCAAAUGCCAUUAAUUUUUAGAAUGAGAGGAAAUUUGAUGAGGAAARCUCCUGUAAAAUCCUCCAGUAUGUCACCUUGCUAAUCCUGAAUAAUUCUGACAAAGUGCGUACACUCUUUACAAAGAUACUUGCUUAAAUUACUUUUAAAUACCCAACUUAUUUGUCCUCUUUGUGGCUUUUCUGGGGGYGGUGGGAUUUGGAUGGAAAUUUAAGAGGCUUUACCUGGCAAAUCAGUAUGUACACUCCUGCACACUGCUGAAAUUUCUUCAUUCACCCAAAGCAAAUGGGCAUUUGAAAUCCUAUCAGCAGUUUUGUAGGAUUGAGUUUUUAGUGUCAGAGGAACACAGGAUCUGGCUCCAUUUUCUUCAAUUUUCACCUGAGCCAGUACACAAGGAUUUAAAUGGGACUUUGUUUAAACAGUAGCAAACAUGAAGUAUUAUUUUCUAGUACUAAGCUAGUGGUUAUCAUGUCUGUUUUUGCUGUCUUGCCACCAAUACUGUAAAAAUGUAUAAUCAAACCAGCUUUAAUUCUUGUAAAACUGAAAUUGGUUUGUAAAACAGUGUAUAAAUUGUGUUUCAUAGACAGAAAAGCUUGUAUUACUGAAUGUAAUAUAUGUGAAAUGAAUAUAUUAUAGUCUAUUUUUGCCAUGGAAAUAAAUAUUU